AUGCCAACAAGAAUUACCCCUUCCACGCGAGCGCGCAGCGCAUAUAACCACAUCAAACCGCAGAACUACACUACAACAGGCAACCCGGUCCCAAAGGCCGUCUCGACUGAGGGGCGGUGA